AUGCUGACCGCGCAAUGGACGGGACUACACGACGCGGUGUGGGUGGUGUGGUUUUUGAGUUAUGUCGUUGGGUGCGCUGCGUUCAUGCACAGCAAAGUGUUUUGGAUGUGGACGCGUCUGUUGGCGGUGGUGUCGAUUGGCCUCUUGCUUCUCUACUGCGUUGGCUCCAUGCCGUACCUAGAUGUCACCCUGAUCACCCAGUCAGAAUUCGCCAUAAUCGGUGGCGGGUAUGGGUUCAUGCAAGCGUCGCCCCAGGCCGCGUGGCUUUUUGUUGGAAUUGAGUCCCUCAACACGUUGAGCGGAGGCGUAGCCCAUCCCAAGGCUACAAUUCCCAAAGGGCAAGUUGCAUGCAUGCUGACGUUGCUUAUCACGGCCACGUGGGUGUUUGUCGUGAGCAUCGCUCUACCUCCUGGAAUGCCAUCCGUGUCAACUGUGUUAGUUCCACUCAACUAUGGCUACACUAAAAUGUUUGGCAUCUCAGAUGACGCCACCACCAUGCUGGCCGUACCAGCCACCUUUGCCACCGCACAAGGCUUUAUGCUCUCGUAUGCCAAUAUUCUGGACGCCAUGGCCAACUCAAAGCUACUGCCUCCUUUCCUAGCCCAUCGACAUCCGGUACAUGCCACCCCCGUCAACGCGUUGCUCGUUGGAUCUGCGCUGAGUUUUGGGCUUUGUUUUGUCAUUCAAACCUGUUCGUUGGGCGUGAUCAUGUUCAACGUGUGCAUGCUGUUUGGGUUCAUGGCGUACAUGGCUCAAUGCGUGGGCUACAUAUUUCUCAAGCGGCGACACAAAAGCAUGGAGCGGCUGUUCCAUAGUCCCGCGGGCAUCGGCGGGGCCGUGUUUGCCAUGUGUGUGUGGUCGCUGAACAUUGUGUCGAUCGUGGGGUUCCAACAGGACGACCAAGUUGGCGUUGGAAUUGCCUUUGGCGUGGUGGCGCUAUGCUCUGUUUACUAUCAAGGAUAUGCAAAAUACCACCAAUCGUAUUCCGACGAAGAGCAAAAGCUCAUGUUUUUCGCCCAUGUUGCCAAGCACAAUCAGUCCAAGCGGUUCAGAAUCAUGCACAUGAAUCGAUCCAAGCGGUACUCGACUACGAGUGGGUACUCGGGCACCAGCAGGACCAUUGCUGUCAAGCAACAACGAAGAACCAGUGGUGGAGCUUCCACGGCAAUUGAAGCUGAAUCUUCCAAAGCACUUGAGGCUACGGGAAGUGACCAAAAGUAG